CUGCGACUAAAGUGUGCGUGGAGUUUAGAUGAAAACAGGUUUUCAAUGUCGGUGACCUUGCUUUAGCUCGAUGGAAUUUUAUUCCCUCAAUAUAAGAGCAUAUUAGACAACAUGAUUUUUUGUUAGGUAUACUUCCUCGUGAUUAGAUUAGUAUUUGUUUGUGCCGGAAUGCCCUGUCACCAAUUGCUCACACGCCCGAUCCUCGCCCCCACGAUCUUCAGGCGCCUGGCCUACACAAAUGAACACAGAGGGGGGCGCCCGAGCCCGUUAGCUCUCCGACGAUCAAGUCAGUUCACCUUUUAGAGAGAGAAGUGUUUAGUGCAAGCUUUUAGUGAGAGAGUCCAACCUAUGUAAAUGCUACCUACCACCCCUAUAUAUACUCACCCAACUCGAGGUCGAGUCCCUCCACGUCAGCAUCACGUUUAAUGUUUCGUACCUUUAUUCUUGUCUGGUGCCCCAACUGCCUUGUCAGUCUUCUGACAGCUGACAGGCGUCUGGGGAUGGUUGGACCAUUGACAGCCUAGACUUCUUUGGGAUCUUCUGUACCUUGUCUCUAUGCGCCCCUCAUCCUGCUUGGACUAGGCCCGUCAGGACCGUUCAUGGGCUUCUCCCACUGGAUAACCCACACUUUCUUUAUUGGGCUUCAUCAAGCCCUAGUUUGGGCUCCACUCUUUGCAAUACCCCCAACAGUAUUCUUAAUCUCAUGUAUGUGGGUUUCUAUUAUUGAUAAAUUCUUGUACCUUAUUUUUCAUUGUCAGAGUAAAGUUAAUAUCUGCGAUAAAAGAAAUAAAUGGUAAAAUCAAAAGAAGAGAUGUGUAUUUAGGGGUAAGGUUGAGAUAAAAAGGUGUGCACCGGUUCGGCUGAGAACAAAUCAUACCAAAUCAUGAGAAUCUCCAUCCAAUAAUUCAAGAGAUUUUAAUUUUAAACACCUAAUCAUCAUUGCAUUAAGUACCGUGUGAUCCAGCCCAAACAUCAAUUCGGUAUAAUUCUCUUCUAUUUUUGUAAAUUCCAUUGGAUCAAAGAACCGGACCUAUUAGUUUUGGUGAGAAUGCACUCUAGAUAUUUGUUUGGUUUUCUAUGAUCCGGUUUGGACCAAACCGUUGCGAGCCCAUAAAGAACAAUGGGGGAAAAUUACAGCAACCUAGCACCAUCAGACAGAUCUGCUCAGGUCACUCUCCACUGCUCGAUCCACAGAACCGAAAAGUGAAUAUUCGUGGGGAAGUUAAUUAAAAUAAAAAAGAUAACUUUAUUCAAAACCACUAGACGGCAAACACAAGCCACUGGCUUCUUCAUUUGGUGCUCCGAAACUGCGAAAUUCGCAGCACGGGUCUCAUCUAACCUCCUUGAUUUUUCUCGGGAAUCAAAACAUAAAUUUAUUCCGCAUAUAAACGCAGUGCGAUCUCACGAAUCACUUUUUCGUCCUUUCUCGACUUUCCCAAUGCUGCAAAGUGCCUUCAUGACUUCGCGACACCUCACCGCCAGAAACUGAAAAACUCCAUUGGGGAGCUCUUUACAUUUCGCAUGCGGCGCUGAAUUGGUUUACAAUCUGAAAGGGAAAGCGUCUCGGAUUCAAUGGGAGACGCUAAUUACGCGAGGGAAUUGGGCGUGGCGGUUCGCGCUGUUCAUAUGGCUUGCGCCCUUUGCCAGAGAGUUCAAGCAGGGUUGGUUUCUCACGGCACCGGGCAGGUCAAGUCCAAGGAUGAUGAUUCUCCCGUUACUGUUGCAGAUUGGAGUGUUCAAGCAAUAGUUAGUUGGAUACUGGCAGAAUCAUUCCAGGAUCAAAAUGUCUCCAUAGUAGCCGAAGAAGAUGUUCAAACCCUAUCGAAGGCUGAAUUAGCCGACUUGCUGGCAUCAGUCACAAAGACUGUUAACGAAAGCUUGGCCGAGGCACCAAAAUAUGGUCUUCAAAGUCCCAAGAAGGCCCUGGGAGCCUCCCAAGUUCUCGAAGCUAUCAGCAGAUGCAACUCAACUGGUGGCCCUACUGGAAGACAUUGGGUCCUUGACCCUGUGGAUGGCACAUUAGGAUUUGUUCGGGGGGAUCAGUAUGCUAUAGCUCUAGCUUUGAUUGAGGAUGGAAAAGUCAUUAUGGGAGUUCUUGGAUGUCCUAACUACCCUAUGAAGAAUGGUUGGUUAAACCAUCACCAUCAUCAUCAUCAGUAUGAUGAAAGCAUGUCUUCCUCAGCUACUGACACAUGGGAGAAAGGAUGUGUGAUAUAUGCACAGAAGGGCAGUGGAAAGGCAUGGAUGCAGCCGUUGGUACAGCAGAACAAGAUGCUUGAAUGGCCAAACUCCGCAAGGCAGAUCAAGGUUUCAUCAAUUGAUGACCCGGGACUAGCUACAUUCUGUGAACCAGUAGAGAAGGCUAAUUCAAACCACUCGUUUACUGCUGGAGUGGCUCAUAGUAUGGGUUUCAAAAACCAACCGUUGCGAGUUCAUAGCAUGGUAAAAUAUGCAGCCAUUGCUCGAGGAGAUGCAGAAAUAUUCAUGAAAUUCGCAAGGUGUGGCUACAAAGAGAAGAUAUGGGAUCAUGCUGCAGGAGUGGUCAUUGUAGAGGAAGCUGGUGGGGUAGUAACUGAUGCUGGAGGGCGCCCUCUGGACUUCUCGAGAGGAACUUACUUGGAAGGCCUCGACCGGGGGAUAGUUGCUUGUUGCAGUGCCAAAUUGCAUGAAGGAUUCAUUGGAGCUGUUUAUGCUAGUUGGGAUUCUUCCAACCUUUGAAGGGGCUUUUAUAAUUCACAAUAUAGAUCUCCGAAACAUCAUAUCUAAAUACACUAAGCUGGUAAGAUUAUCUAUAACUAGCUUCCCAUCUUGCUCAUCCUUACUCUGAUCUCUAAUAUUUGCAUCGUCAUAGAAUCCGUCAUAUGGACAAUGAUUUGUGAUUAUGAACUUUGAGCUAGAUGGUUGAUUGAUCGCCAGCCAUUUCAUUUUUUGUUCAUGUGUUCUGGUUUCGUUCGUGUUUUACAGGUGGUUGAGUAUCAGAGAAGGAGAGAUGAUUACUCGAAAGAAUCUGCUGGUGCUCGAGCUGGAGGUUGACUCUGUUUAAAGGGUUACGUUGUGGAAUCUUAAAUUUGCCAGAUUAUAGUGAUCCACAACCUUUUGUACAAUGGAACAGAGUUCAGUCGGUUGGGUGGAACAGCAUCGAACUUUAACGCUUCAGUUGAGGCCAUCAAGUUAGUGCCAUAUGCUUCUUCAAAGGCCACUUGAAAGCUUCACGACCUUAACUUUGAAUGAUAACCAAUUUUAGAGACUAGAUUUAAGUACUGCGUUAUUAUUUUCAUUAGUCUUUUUGGUGGUGGCUCAAUGGAAAUACUAAUUUUACAUAUUAACUUGUGAAAAUUCGAAUAAAAUUAAUCAACGUAGUAACCUUGUUAGGUUUACCAUUUAAGAAAUGAAACCAAUCUAUGCAAACUGAGACGCAGAGAACCUAAUCAAAUAAGUGUAAACUUUGAACUAUCACACAAGUCACUUCGAACUAUUACACAAGUUACUAGUACAAAGUAUAUUAUAUGACCUACCUAUCUGAGCAAAUACCUAUUAAAACCAAAGCUAGUACUCACAAAAUUCCUAUUCAAAUCACCUAAACCACCAAAAUUCCUUUCUAAUUCUCUCAAUCGUUGAUUCGAUGGUCUAGCUUUUAUUUGGUGUUAAUUAUUGAGAGUCGUCACGUUAAUUAAUAAUGAAAGAAGUGAACUAACCUCCAACUAUUGAGAAUUCCAAUUUAAAUCUACCUAUUCGAGCAAAUACCUAUUAAAACCAAAGCUAGAACUCACAAAAUUCCAAUUAACCUCCAUUAGUAUUCCAAUUCAAAUCUACCUAUUGGAGCAAAUACCUAUUAAAACCCAAGCUACUACUCCAAAAAUUUCAAUUCAAAUCACCUAAACCACCCCAUUUCUUUAUAAUUUUCUCGAUUGCUAAUUGGAUGGUCUAGCUUUUCAUUGGUGUUUAAUUAGUGAAAAUCACCACAUUAUUAAUUUACAAUAAAAGAAGUGAAUUAAC